GAGUGAGGUUGACAACAGAGUUGGUUGGGUUACUCUGAAGUGUUGGAGUUUGGAAUUCGAGUGUGGGGUGGAGGCAACCAAAACCAGAAAACCAGCACCAGAGCAUCGUCUUCAUCCUUCUUCUUAGAUGGAUAAACGGCACACUAUUAUUCUAAUGCAGACCUCUCAGAACAGAGCAACUAGAACUUUCAUGGAUUAUGAUUCUAUCACUCAGGCCAUGGAUGGUAUAUGUGCACUGUAUGAAAGGAAACUAAAGGAGUUGAAUCCGGCCAUCAGAAAUCUCUCUUAUGAUAUUACUGAUCUCUACAACUUCAUAGAUGGUCUUGUGGACUUGAGCGCCCUAGUGUAUGAUAGUUCAAUUCAUGCUUACUUGCCAUAUGAUCGACAGUGGAUUAAGCAACGAACUUUCCAACACUUGAAGAAAUUGGCACAUUGAUUAAUCCCUUGAUUUUUAGCAAUUUAAUGUAAAGAAAAUCUCUAAGGGCUGAACCUGUCUGUAGUGGGCUAUACUCCGAUGGCUAUGUUACUGAAUAUGAAUAUGCAAAUGCUUUUGGGACGAAAUUAUAUAUAUCAAU